GUCUCACUGCUUGAAUCCUGAUUACUGAAUCGUCAUGGCUACGAAGGCUCUGAUCUUGGCUCUAGCCGCCCUCACCGUCUUGUGCCUCAUGGACGACGCCCGUGGCGCCGUUACCCACCGCCACGCCCUCCAUCCCGCCCACUACCGCUCUCCAUACUACCACCACUACCCGUACCGCCACUACCCAUACCGCCACUACUACGCCCACCCUCAUCCCCACGCCCUUCACCCCCACCCCUACGCCCUCCACCCUCACCGCCACGCCCACGCCACCAGCUACGUCCGCGUCAACCUCGGGGCGCCGGUGGAGGAGGCAGCCGAGGAGGAGGUGGAGGUGGAGGCGCAGGAGUCCUAGAUAUUGGAGCGAGGAUCAGAUCUCGGAUGCUGCUGCUGCGGAGUCCAAGUAGAAGCUGCAGUCACAUGUCCAGCUCAUGUGGCUGUAACUGCAGUGCUGACUGGCGUCUCCGAAGGACAGCAGGAAGGAGAUCAGGACAGGGAGGGAGAGGAUGGAGCGUCUGCGAGGUUCGGACGCCCAUCUUGCCCUCCACAGCAGUGACCUUCUUUACUGUAAACAAUAGAGAAUAAAU